AUGGAUACUUUUGCAGGUUACCCAUACAGUUUUGCGGGUUUCAUCGAUUACAGUAACUGCUAUCACCCGGUUGCAAUACCAUGGCUCUUAGUAGGCAUCGGUGUUAGUAUCGGAACCGUCGUUUCGGUUAUUCCUCAAUUGCAAAAGUUCGUUCAGAAGCGCUCAAACUAUGGAAUGAAUACUCUGACUAUAUGUCUUAUUAGUUAUGGUCAAAUUAUUAAUUUUGUCAACUAUUUUUGUCUCCAUUCUGCAGAUUUUGUCGGAAUCGUAACAUGUCCAUUUACAAUGUAUGCCCCAAGGCUUGUAACAUUCUUAAAUCUUUUCUUGCUCUGGUAUAUGUACCUAGGAAACGUAUAUCUAAAUUUCAUUUACUUUGACAAGCAGCCAAGAGAAAAUCGAACAAUGAAUUUUAUACGUAUCGAAAGGAAAUUCCAACUCAUGUUAACUUUCAUUCUUUUCAUUACUAAUUUCGCAACACUCGCCGCAUUUUCAAUUCUAGGCUUCCUUCAUGGUUAUGCUAGCUCUUCAUUGCGUUACUAUGGUACUGUUCUUGGUACAGCAGGUGGUGUGUUAGCCGCUUGUCAAUAUCUUCCACAAAUGAUUACAACUUGCAGAGUAAAAGGCCCUGGAUCACUAUCAAUGCUUUUGCUCGCUAUCCAAGUACCUGGUGGUCUUUUGAACGUUUCAUUCAUGGCAUUUGCAAAUCACGACCAUUGGGCAACGUGGCUUCCAAUCUUUGUAGCCGCAAUACAGCAAGGUAUAUUACUAGCAAUUUGUAUUAUAUUUACAAUUAGAAACAAACAUCAGCAUCACCCAUUUUCGGAAGAUCCGCUUCUUACAGAUUCGUCAACGAUCAAUCAUACUCAUUAA